GAAUGAUAGAUGUUUCACUAUAUAUUUUUGAAUUGUGGAAUUGGGUUUCUGUGGGAGAGUAAAAGAAGGAUCUUUUUUAUGUUGAGAGGUAUAUUGAGGUUUUGUUGUUUGUAUUUUUAGGGUUUCUAAUUUUAAUUGUGAAAAAGCAAUUUCAUUUUUUUUCGAAUUCAAGAUUGGUUUUUUAUUGCUCCAUUUUGUGUGUGCGUGUGUGUGUUUUCUUGGUUUUUGUUACCGAAAACCACAUGAAAUCUAGUGAGGUGAUUACAUGUCCCAUUGUCCCUAUUAGGUGAUGCUUGAGAAUUUUCGAUAGAGGUUUAGAUAAGCAAGAAUAUAAUAAUCGAGAUCAAGAAGAAGAUAUGCUUAGUGAUGAUGCCGAAACCCAAUGUGGGAGUAGCACAAACUCGCAAAUCUAACUUCCGAGAUUGUUUAAUGGAUGAAAUUUCUCCACUAAUUGCUCUACCGUUCAAGCUCGGAAAUUUGAUCAGCGAAGAAUCCGUGUUUGCAUCUAUGACUAAGCUCCCUUUACUCCCCCUCACCCUCGAGAAUCGAAACUCUAGUCCUAGUUUUCCACAAAGUGGAGUUGUUGUAAUAAAAACAGAGUCGAAUUUUAACGACUCCAAAGAAAGUGAAACAAGUCUAAUCUUCAGCAACAAAAAAUCUGAGUCUUGGAUAUCAGCUAUCACUUCCGAGAUAGCUGAAGAUCUCGUUUCUUUGGAUGGUGAGGCUGUUGCAGUUAGAGAACAACCCAAAAGAACAUUUUCGACCCCCCUUAUAGAAGCUUCCAGGGAAACGAAGAUAAACAAGCAAGAUUUCCCACCUCUCUGGGGGUUGACUUCUAUUUGCGGAAGGAGAUCGGAAAUGGAAGAUUCGGCCAUAGCUUUACCACGAUUCUUGAAAAUCCCGUCUCGGAUGUUGAGUGAAGGUCCUGUUUUUAAUUCCAAUCAAGAAUUAACCGCCCAUGUUUUUGGAGUUUAUGACGGACAUGGAGGUUGCCAGGUUGCUAACUAUUGCCAAGAGCGUCUGCAUCUUGCUUUAGCUGAGGAGAUUAGUAUUGCUAAAGAAAAAUUGCGUGUAGAACAUAACUUGAAGGAACAGUGGUUAGAGAUAUUUCGAAAAUGCUUUCGUAGAUUGGACAACGAAGUUGGAGGGUUCGUUGCUCCAAAUCCACCUGUCGCCCACGAAUCUGUGGGGUCCACAGCUGUUGUUGCGGUUGUUUCUUCGACUCAUAUCGUUGUUGCAAAUUGUGGUGAUUCAAGAGCAGUACUGUACAGGGGGAAAGUGCCUGUGCCCUUAUCCGUGGAUCAUAAGCCGAAUAGAGAAGAUGAGUGUGCAAGGAUAGAAGGUGCGGGUGGAAAGGUGAUUAAAUGGGAUGGGUAUCGUGUUUCGGGUGUUCUUGCUGUGUCGAGGUCAAUCGGCGAUAGAUACUUGAGGCCGUAUGUAAUCGCGGAUCCAGAAAUAAUGUGGGUUCCGCGAGCAAAAGAAGACGAGUGUCUAAUUCUAGCUAGCGACGGCUUAUGGGAUGUAAUGACAAACGAAGAGGCUUGUGAUUUUGCAAGAAGACGAAUUCUACUAUGGCACAAAAAGAAUGGGCCCACACAAUCGGAGGUGCGUGGUAAGGAUAUCGAUCCAGCCGCACAAGCUGCGGCUGAUUAUCUCUCCAAGCUUGCUUUCCAAAGGGGAAGCAUAGAUAAUAUUUCUGUCAUAGUUGUAGAUUUGAAAGCUCAAAGGAAGUUCAAAAACAAGACCUGAAAAAAAAAAAAAAAAACUAAGUGUUAACUGCUCUUAUUCAGGUUUAUAUUUGUUUUAACAUGUAGGGUUAUUUGGUGUUAUGGAUAUUAAAACAUUUAUUUAAUUGGUUGUUCGGAAAUUAGCUCGAUUUUUCGUUUAAGGAU